GUUCAUGAAUCUCCCGUUAGUGUCACACGGAACGGAACGCGUCCGCGCGCUGACGAGCUGCUUUUUUUCCGGAGUGGCUUCGACCCGAGAGAUGCUUUCAUUAACACGCCUUUGAGUCCAAUCAGCACCGAUCCGCCGCCGGACGGGAGUCAGAACCCCGGCGCUGUGCAGGAGGCGGUACCGGGAGUGAAGCCUCGCUUUCUGUCCAUGGCACUUCACCGGAAAGCAGGAGGUUUCCCGGAGCGGCUGAGCCGUUAAAGCGAAACCGAUGCUCGGCGAGCGGAGGGACUCUGGCGGUAACGGAGCUGCGCGCGCUCUCGGCGCUCUCAUGCCUGUUCGUUUGAUCUGAUCUGGUUUCCGAGUGCAUUAGACAUGGGCUUCCUCCAUCAGCUUCAUCUCCUCCUGUGGAAGAACGUCUCUUUAAAGCGCAGAGGGCCGUGGGUGCUGGCGUUUGAGAUCUUCAUCCCUCUGGUCCUUUUCUUCAUCUUGCUGGGUCUGAGGCAGAAAAAGCCAGCCAUCCCAGUGAAAGAAGCUUUCUACAGCGCUGCACCCCUGACCUCGGCGGGUAUCAUUCCCAUCAUGCAGUCCUUGUGUCCGGAUGGCCAGCGAGACGAGUUUGGCUUCCUGCAGUACAAAAACUCGACCGUGACUCAGUUGUUGGAGCGGAUUGGGGAGGUGGUGGAGCAGAAUCACUUGUUCACGUCAGACGGGCCAACUCUCGGGGAGGAGCUGGAGUCACUACAGCAGCACCUGGAGAGCCUCAGCUCAGCUCAGAGUCCCUUAGAGAACAGCUUCAACACUAGCCAUGGUUUCACUUUAGACAGCGUCAUAAAGAACCCGACUCACUUCCAGCAGUUCCUCAUCCGAAAUCUCUCUCUGUCCAAUGACACGGCCAGCCUGCUUCUCUCGUCCCCCGUCAACCUCAAACAGGUGUAUAACCUCAUUUUUGGCACCUAUCCCAAAGCCAGUGCAGGAAGUGGAGGUUGGCCUGGAGGUCACCGUAGUGCUCGCAGCCCUAGGGUCUUGGGGGAGCAGCUGCUGGGAAGCUGGAGGAGUCUGGAAGGGGGUUUACUGCACAAAGCGCUGAGAGACGCGACUAAAGCAGCUGAUCAGCACGCUCUUCUCCAGCUGCUCUCCCAGACCCUGGGUAUCGCUGGAGGAGGAAGGGAGGCAAACAGAUUUGAUCCACAGGGACUGCAGGAGAUGGAGGGCAUUCUGCUGACUGGUGGAGUACUGGAGGCACUUACAUGUGGGGAGGGCAGGGACAGUGAGCUUAACACAAUACUUUCAGUCCCUGAGAAGCAGCAGUCACUGUUACGAGCCUAUCAGACAGCUGUGUGUGGAGGAGAGGCGGGGCAGAAGGCGGAGCGUUUUGCAAAGAUCAGCCAAGAGCUGAAGGAUCAGAUUGACAUGCAGAGAAUCAUUGAGAAGUUAAAGUUGGAACAGACCAAUGCUUCAGCCCUGCCAUUUCAGUCCCACCUGGGUGCUUUGCUGAAGGACCUGGCUGAGGUAGAGAAGCUGCUCAAAGAUGUGGAUCUGCUGUCAGGCCUGGCCAAGUUGCUGCCUAAAGGAGCAUGUGCAGGACACCAGACCUCUUUUGCUGCUAAUAAUGCCACCUGGAGUGCCAACACCACCACCUGGAGUACCAACACCACAGAAAACCCUGCUGACGGAAAGGACACUCAGGCAGAUAAUCCUCACUCCCAGUUCUCUGCUUUUGUGCAGCUAUGGGCUGGACUUCAGCCCAUUCUGUGUGGAAAUAACAGGAUUAUUGAGCCAGAGGCUUUGAAGCAAGGCAAUAUGAGCUCGCUCGGCUUUACCAGCAAAGAGCAGCGGAAUUUAGGGCUCCUCGUCCACCUUAUGACUACAAAUCCUAAGAUCCUCUACUCACCCAUUGGCUCACAGGUGGAUAAGGUCAUUCAGAAGGCCAAUGAGACAUUUGCAUUUGUGGGCAACGUGACUCAUUAUGCGAAAGUAUGGCUCAACAUUUCAGCUGAGCUCAGACCUUUUCUGGAGGAGGGCAAACUGCACAAUCACCUGGCAUGGCUGCAACAGUUGACCUCUGACCUACAGAGGCACCCGGAGCUGCUAAACGCCUCAGACAGUGAGCUGUUAGAAAGCCUGAUGCAGGAGAAUUUCACCCUGCCGAACAUCAGCACACUGCUGGAGCAGCUCGACACCAUCGACAAUGCCGCCUGCGGCUGGAUCCAAUUCAUGUCAAAGGUGAGCGUGGAUAUAUUCAAAGGCUUCCCGGAUGAAGAAAGCAUCGUAAACUACACUCUGAACCAGGCCUACCAUGAUAAUGUCUCUGUAUUUGCCAGUGUUAUUUUCCAGACCAAUAAGGACGGCUCACUGCCUCCUCAUGUACAGUAUAAGAUCAGACAGAACUCCAGCUUCACUGAGAAAACUAAUGAGAUCCGGCGUGCUUACUGGCGCCCGGGACCCAACACCGGCGGCAAGUUCUACUUCCUCUACGGCUUUGUAUGGAUCCAAGAUAUGAUGGAAAGAGCAAUCAUUAACACGUUUGUUGGACAUGACGUUGUGGAGCCCGGAAAUUAUGUGCAGAUGUUCCCCUACCCCUGCUACACCAGAGACGAUUUCCUCUUCGUGAUUGAGCACAUGAUGCCUCUGUGCAUGGUCAUCUCCUGGGUUUAUUCAGUGGCCAUGAUGAUCCAACACAUCGUGGCCGAGAAGGAGCAUCGGCUCAAAGAGGUGAUGAAGAUGAUGGGCUUAAAUAAUGCUGUGCACUGGGUGGCCUGGUUCAUCACAGGCUUUGUGCAGCUCUCCAUCUCAGUGACAGCACUGACGGCCAUAUUAAAGUAUGGCCGAGUGCUCCUCCACAGCGACCCCUUCAUCAUCUGGCUCUUCCUUACUGUAUACGCCAUCGCCACCAUCAUGUUCUGUUUUCUAGUGUCAGUGAUCUACUCCAAAGCCAAACUGGCCUCAGCUUGUGGCGGGAUAAUCUAUUUCCUAAGUUAUGUUCCCUACAUGUAUGUGGCCAUCAGAGAAGAGGUGGCCCAUGACAAGAUCACGGCCUUUGAGAAGUGUAUUGCGUCUCUGAUGUCCACCACUGCUUUUGGCCUUGGCUCAAAGUACUUUGCUUUGUAUGAGGUGUCUGGUGUGGGCAUCCAGUGGCGCACCAUCAACCAGUCACCAGUAGAGGGCGAUGAUUUUAACCUCCUGUUGUCCAUUGUCAUGCUGAUCAUCGACGCCACUGUGUACGGUGUGCUCACCUGGUACAUAGAGGCCGUGCAUCCAGGAAUGUAUGGGCUGCCCCGCCCUUGGUACUUCCCCCUGCAGAAGUCCUAUUGGCUGGGCAGUGGACGAAUUGAGACCUGGGAGUGGCCAUGGGGCAGCAGUGCCAGGCUCAGCGUAAUGGAGGAAGAUCAGGCCUGUGCCAUGGAGCACAGACGCUCAGAGGAAACACGUGGAAUAGAAGAGGAACCCAGUCACUUACCUCUGGUGGUGUGCAUCGACAAGCUCACCAAAGUCUACAAGACGGGCAGCAAGCUGGCUCUCAACAAGCUGAGCUUAAAUCUGCAUGAAAACCAGGUUGUCUCCUUCCUGGGACACAAUGGAGCCGGCAAGACCACUACUAUGUCGAUCCUUACGGGACUCUUCCCCCCCACAUCGGGCUCGGCUACGAUAUACGGCCAUGACAUCCGCACAGAAAUGGAGCGCAUCCGGCAGAACCUGGGCAUGUGCCCCCAGCACAACGUCCUCUUCGACAAGCUGACUGUCGAGGAGCACCUGUGGUUCUACUCACGCCUGAAGGGAAUGGCUGAAGAGGACAUCCGAAAAGAGAUGGAUAAGAUGAUUGAGGAUCUGGAGUUGUCUAACAAACGCCACUGCCUGGUGCAGACGCUUUCAGGAGGCAUGAAGAGGAAACUGUCAGUCGCCAUAGCGUUCGUGGGCGGGUCUCGGGCUGUGAUUCUAGACGAGCCCACAGCUGGAGUGGACCCGUACGCCCGGCGUGCCAUAUGGGACCUCAUCCUCAAAUACAAACAAGGCCGGACCAUCCUCCUCUCCACGCACCACAUGGAUGAGGCUGACCUUCUAGGUGAUCGCAUCGCCAUCAUCUCCCACGGGAAGCUCAAGUGCUGUGGCUCACCUCUCUUCCUCAAGAGCACCUACGGAGAUGGAUAUAAGCUCACCCUCGUGAAGAAGCAAAGUGACUCCAAUCCUGCAGAUCAGUCGAGUAUGCCCCCGUCGUCGUCCCUGUCCCUGUGCUCAGAGACCAGAGUGACUCAGUUUAUCCGACAGUAUGUAGCCUCCUGCCUGCUCGUGUCCGACUCCAACACCGAGCUGUCCUACAUCCUGCCAUCUGAGGCUGUCAGGAAGGGCUGCUUCGAGAGGCUGUUUCAGGCUCUGGAGCAAAGUUUAGACAGUCUGGCUCUCACCAGCUUUGGAGUGAUGGACACCACGUUGGAAGAAGUCUUUCUAAAAGUGUCCGAGGAAGAUCUGUCACUUGAGAACAGUGACGCAGAUAUGAAGAGCUCCCCGGGAGGGGCGUCGGUGGGGAAGCCUUCUUCGCUUUUGGCAGCGCAGCAGUGCGAUGGAGCGUCGCUCGGUACCGUGACCCGGCCUGAAGUGGAGAUGUGCAACAUGGUGAUGAACUCAAGGCUGAGCUCCAGUCAGGCCUCGCUGCACUCAAAUUCCUCUGUGGGCUCAGUGAGAGGUGAUGAAGGAGGACCGUACUCUGACUUCUAUGGCGAAUACUACCCACUCUUUAAUAAUCCCCAGGAUCUGGACUCAGCCAGCCUGAGAGACGAGGAGGAUCCGAGCUCCUCUGAGCCGCAUGUGCUGGAGGGCCAGGGGAGCUUUAAGCUGGAGGGCUGGUGGCUGCGAUUUCGCCAAUUCCACGGCCUCAUUGUCAAGAGGUUCCACUGUGCCAAGAGGAACACCAAGGUCUUGUUCUCGCAGAUCCUACUGCCUGCCUUCUUCGUUUGUGUGGCGAUGACUGUCGCUCUCUCUGUGCCUGAGAUAGGUGAUCUGCCUCCCCUCAUCCUGUCACCGUCUCAGUAUCAUAACUACACCCAGCCCCGAGGAAACUUCAUCCCCUUCGCUAAUGAGGACCGGCUGCAGUACAGGAGCAAGCUGUCCCCGGACGCAGGCCCUCAAAAGAUUAUCAAUACAUUGCGUUUGCCGUCAGGUGUGGGUGCAACCUGUGUGCUCAAAACCCCCUUUAAUAGUACCCUGGACCAGCUGGCGCAGAGCCUCAACCCCUAUGCUAACAAUGCCAAAACACUGGCUGCACGCUACUUUGACCCCAUGUGCCUGGAUUCGUUCACCCAGGGUGUGCCUCUGUCUAACUUCGUCCCACCUCCACCCUCGCCUGCACCCUCUGAUUACCCAGAGCCACGCUUUGAUGAUGCUCUGUGGAACUACACGGCAGCUCCACCCACCACUGCCCACGAGAUGGUGACGUCUCCUCCUCCACUGCCAUUGUCUAUUCGCGAGCCGGUGCGCUGCAUCUGCUCCAUGCAGGGAACAGGCUUCUCGUGCCCCAGCGGCGUCGGCGGGCGACCGCCGCUCACAAAAGUGGUCACGGGAGACAUUCUGGUGGACAUCACAGGCCGCAAUGUAUCCGAGUACCUUCUCUACACUUCCGACCGCAUGAGACUGCACAGGUAUGGAGGCAUCACUGUUGGAAACAUCCAGAAAUCAGUCCCAGCGUCCUUUGGGAGAAAGAUGUCACUCAUGGCGCGUAAGAUAGCAGUGCGGCGAUCGGCUCAGGUACUUUACAACAAUAAAGGCUACCACAGCAUGCCUACAUACCUGAAUGUGCUGAACAAUGCCAUCCUGCGUGCUAACCUACCCCUUAGCAAGGGCAACCCUGCAGCUUACGGAAUCACAGUGACUAAUCACCCCAUGAACAGGACCAGUGCCAGUCUUUCUCUGGAUUACCUACUCCAGGGCACUGAUGUGGUCAUUGCCAUCUUCAUCAUCGUGGCCAUGUCGUUUGUCCCAGCCAGCUUUGUGGUCUUUCUGGUGGCUGAGAAGUCCACCAAGGCUAAGCACCUGCAGUUUGUGAGCGGCUGUGAUCCUGUCAUCUACUGGCUGGCCAACUACAUUUGGGAUAUGCUGAAUUACCUGGUCCCGGCUACAUGCUGCGUUCUCAUUCUGUUUGUUUUUGACCUGCCUGCGUAUACAUCUCCCAAAAACUUCCCAGCAGUGGUUGCGCUCUUCCUGCUCUAUGGCUGGUCCAUAACCCCCAUCAUGUAUCCAGCUUCUUUCUGGUUUGAGGUUCCCAGCACAGCCUAUGUUUUCCUCAUCGUUAUUAACCUCUUCAUAGGAAUCACAGCCACUGUGGCGACUUUCCUUCUCCAGCUGUUUGAACAUGACAAGGAUCUGAAGCUGGUGAACAGCUAUCUGAAGUCAUGCUUCCUCAUCUUUCCUAACUAUAACCUGGGUCAUGGGCUGAUGGAGAUGGCCUACAAUGAAUACAUUAAUGAGUACUAUGCCAAGAUAGGUCAGUUUGAUAAGGUGAAGUCUCCAUUUGAGUGGGACAUUGUGACGCGUGGACUGGUGGCCAUGACCAUCGAGGGAUUCGUCGGCUUUCUUAUCACCAUCCUGUGCCAGUACAACUUCCUCCGUAAACCUCAGAGAUUGCCUGUAAACAAUCAGCCAAUCGAAGAUGAUGAUGUUGAUGUAGCACGCGAGAGACGAAGAGUGCUUCGAGGAGAUGCUGUAAAUGAUAUGCUGAAGAUUGAAAAUCUCACGAAGGUGUAUAAGUCUCGUAAGAUGGGGCGCAUCUUGGCGGUGGACCGCUUGUGUCUGGGCGUCCGUCCGGGAGAGUGCUUUGGGCUGCUGGGAGUCAAUGGUGCAGGAAAGACGACCACUUUCAAAAUGUUGACUGGAGAUGUAAGCACAACAGGAGGAGAGGCGUUUAUCGAAGGACACAGCAUACUGAAGGAUCUUUUGCAUGUGCAGCAAAGUAUUGGUUACUGUCCUCAGUUUGAUGCUUUGUUCGAGGAUCUGACCGCACGAGAGCACCUGGAGCUCUAUACACGCCUCCGAGGAAUACCAUGGAAGGAUGAAGAGCGGGUGGUGCAGUGGGCUUUGGAGAAGCUCCAGCUCUCGAAGUAUGCGGACAAACCAGCUGGCACGUACAGCGGAGGAAACAAACGCAAGCUAUCCACAGCCAUCGCUCUCAUCGGAUACCCGUCCCUGAUCUUCCUGGAUGAACCCACCACCGGGAUGGACCCGAAAGCUCGCCGCUUCCUCUGGAACCUUAUCCUCGACAUCAUCAAGACGGGACGAUCGGUGGUGCUGACAUCACACAGUAUGGAGGAGUGUGAGGCAUUGUGUACUCGCCUGGGAAUCAUGGUUAAUGGAAGGUUCAAGUGUCUGGGCAGUAUUCAGCAUCUCAAGAACAGGUUUGGGGAUGGUUACAUGAUCACGGUGCGCACCAAGACGACUGCCAGCGUAAAGGAAGUGAUCCGCUUCUUUAACAGGAACUUCCCAGAGGCCAUCUUAAAGGAACGACACCACACUAAGAUCCAGUACCAGCUGAAGUCGGAGAACAUCUCUCUGGCUCAGGUGUUCAGUAAGAUGGAGCAGGUGGUGGAGGUGCUGAGUAUCGAGGAUUACUCCGUCAGCCAGACCACCCUGGAUAAUGUCUUUGUGAACUUUGCCAAAAAGCAAAGUGACAACCUGGAGCAGCAGGAGAUCUCGCCGAAGAAAAGCAGUCAGUCGCCCCUGCAGCGUCUGCUGAGGAUCCUGCUGCCCCGGACGGCCAACACCGAGCUGAGCGCUCUGGUCAGUGAAGAACCCGAGGAACUGGAGAGUGAUGAUGAUGAAGGACUCAUCAGCUUUGAGGAAGAGAGGGUGCAGUUGUCCUUUAACACCGAUACUCUUUGCUGAAACAGCGAACUCCGUCACAGAAACAUGAAAAACACAGCCUCAAGUAAAGACUUUCAUCUGACCAAGGGAAGAUUUUCCUAAUCUGCUUUCUCCGUGGGUCCAUCUGUCUGGCCUUAAGAAGAGACGACGUGUUGUUUAUGAGUGUGUGCUGUGCUAGUGGAGCGAGCGAGUGUCCAGACUGACUGAAGAAGGCUCCAGAGCCUCAGACGCGCUGCUGCGUUCGGGUGGGUUUGGAGAAACGGUGAAGGCGAAUAUCCCUCUUUUAGGACGGGAUCAAAAGAGCUUAUUCAACGGAUACAAGGUCAGAUUUUUUUUAACAAAGAAAUAAAAGGACUAAUAAAAAAAAAGGUUCAUGCUGUUCUGAGUUCUGAACUAGCGCUAUACCGCUGUUGAUGUCAUGAAAUAACAUAUCAUCCCUGAUAAAUGACCACCGUUUGGGGUUCCACCUUUGUAUCAUGUUGUUUUUAUGACUGAUGUUUGGUUUCAGCUGAAACGCUGAUAGAACUAUUGUUUUUGUUUUCUUUCUUUCUUUCUUUCUUUUUUUAUGUGAACCUGCCUUGAGAGCAUGCUAUAUAGUCAAGCCUGUGGUACGCCGUAUAUUUUAUUAUUAUUAUUAUUAUUGAUUGAUUGAUUGAUUGAUUGAUUGAACUGUUUUGAAGGCAUAUGUCAUGUAUUUGAAGUGCAGAUAAAGAUGCACCUUUACUGGAGACGUUUAUUGAAAAACCUGGUUCGAGGUCGGUAUCAAACUGGGCCGAACCGUCCCUCGUCCCUCCAUGACACGGGGGACGGUACGAACAAGGCGUCGAAUUUUCAGUGAAUGUAAAUGGCAUGAAGAUAUUUUUUGCACAGGUCGGUGCCUCAGUGAAGCGUCCUGAAUUUCCUAUUUUAUUUAAGGAUUAUACACUUUAGCUGUGUCCCAAAUCACUCACUCGUUCACUACUCCCUAUUCACUAUCUAGGGAAAUCUAUAUAGAGGACUAUACAGUGAGCUUAUAGGUAAAAUGAAAAAACACUUUCGGACACUACUCCGCCGCACCGUUAUUUAUGUCAUUACUGUCGCAAAAUUAAAGCUAGACGGCCUUUUGAUUUCAUAAAAUCGGUGAAAUUUAGUUCCCUCUGAAAUUUGGUCAUUGUGACAUAUGUUUAUUUCUGUAAUAUCUCACAAAAUAUCAGGCCAUUCUGUGGCUGGGAAGUUAUUUAAUUUGAGCGGAUUCCCGAGCAAAUAAUGUGCAUGAAAUCGCUCGCUUCACGCAGUCAAGCAGACAGAGGAAAUCCGUGUGUGUGCGCGUGCGCAGGUUUACCUUUGACCGUGCGCUGACAGUUCCAUCAUUCUGUCGCUAAACGAACAGCUGAUCACACCGAGGUGCUCGCUGAGCGCCGAUAUUUAUUAGUUUGGUCCUGCGUUUCCUUUCCUUCGUAUAUAACAUAACGUCUUUUCUUCUCGCUUUCCGUUACUGUAGUCGGUCUUUCACGCUUCAUUCGCACACUCACGUCCUCCAUUUUUCUCUCCUGUUUCAAAUUUGUAUCCCACAAUGUCUUGCGCGAACGGGGAAAACCCACCACGUGAUGCAUGACGUAGUAUCUUGAAUUGGGUCAUGGUGAAGCAGGAAAAAAUAGCGGAGAAUUUAGGGCCAUGUGGCUUUAAAUUCAUUAACUGUUCUAUUUAAAAAGAACUAAUAAAAUUGGAAGUCUGUGAUUCGAAUUCAGUAGCUUUCAGUCCACUAAACAAAAAUAACCAGGUGUUGGGGAAAAUUCUUUUUAUGACCUAGACUUGAAAACUCUGAAAGGCAGUCUAGCUUUAAAACGUGCCAGAUCAGUCGGCUGGUGGGUUUCAAAAUAAAAUACAUGCAUGUAUUUUUGUGAUAAAUCCAUAUUAUACUGAGCGUAUUUCCCACAUUAAUCAAUACAAAGUACUUUGUGUCUGCUGCAUCUUUCAGUUCUUUUAAAUCAAGGCUGAAUGCUUUCUUUCUUCUUUGCCGCUGCCUUUUAUUCAAUCAAAUUUGAGGCUUUUGAUUAAUUCCUCGCUCUGCACUCUAACUCUUAUUCUUGUAUUUUAUCCGUCUUAUUCUAUUUUAGCUCAUUUUUCUAGUCUCUUACUGUUUUUAAUUGGACUUGAAUGUUCGUUUAUAACGCGUUUCUUCCUCCGUCCGUCCGUUCACCCCAACACACUGCAAUAUUAUUGCCAUUUUCAUGCCACAACUUAUAAAUUUGUCUUGUGCCUGUUCUCAGAAGGAAAAACAAACUACUGCUAUAAUCGAUCUAAAAUACUUAACAGUUCUUAUGAAAUCAGCGCAACCGCAAUGCAUGAUGGGAUAUAUUGCUUGGUUAGUGAACAUCGGUUGUACGCUGCUUUUCACGAUGCAUUGUGGGAUGCUAGGAGUCCACUAUAUGUACCCUCCCUGUAUCCGAAAUCACUCACUACUCACUAUAUAGUGGACUAUAUACUGUAGUGAGUUCACCAUUUUGUAGUGCUGUCCGAAUGUAUAGUGAGAAUAAUUACACCCUACAUAGCGGACUCAUAGUAUCCUACAGUGCACUGUGAAAAGUAUUGUACAAAAAUACACGCAUGUGUUUAUUAUUUUGAAAACCCACCAGCCGACUGAUCCGGCAUGUUUGAAUUGCGCGACAGUAAUGACGUAAAUAACGGUGCGGCGGCGAAGUGUCCGAAAGCGUUUUUUUUUUCUCAUUUUACCAAUGAGCUCACUAUAUAGUCCUCUAUAUAGUAAUGGUGCGUUCAUGUGCUAUGGGAAUUAUGGUAAAUACCAAACGCCGACAUGGGAAGCACACAUGAACGCCCUCUCCUGUGGUAUUUUCCACUGGGCAACUCGUAGAAAAUUUUGAUACACGAGUUGCCGAGAUGAGAUGAACUUUAACCUUUUCAACAUGGCGGCAAGCGGUACAAGACGAGCUUAUGAACCAAGAAAGAAGUGGUUUUCACCUACGGAAAGCUGACUCUCACCUUUUAAACGAGUCAUCUCAUCUCAUUAUCUCUAGCCGCUUUAUCCUUCUACAGGGUCGCAGGAAAGCUGGAGCCUAUCCCAGCUGACUACGGGCGAAAGGCGGGGUACACCCUGGACAAGUCGCCAGGUCAUCACAGGGCUGACACACAGACACAGACAACCAUUCACACUCACAUUCACACCUAUGGUCAAUUUAGAGUCACCAGUUAACCUAACCUGCAUGUCUUUGGACUGUGGGGGAAACCGGAGCACCCGGAGGAAACCCACGCGGACACGGGGAGAACAUGCAAACUCCAUACAGAAAGGCCCUCGCCGGCCACGGGGCUCGAACCCAGUUCCUUCUUGCUGUGAGGCGACAGCGCUAACCACUACACCACCGUGCCGCCCUAAACGAGUCAUGUUAUGUAUAUUAUAUUAUUAUAAUACGUAUAUUAUAGCCUAAUACAAAAUAUUCUGUGGCUGUCCAAAGAAGGCCAACAAUGAUCUAGAUACUGGCUACUCUCAUUGUGGCUACAGCCAAAUUUCCAAAAACUGCGUGGCAUUCAAUGUGUUAAGAAAAUCUCUACUUGUCAUGAUCAGGAAAUAUUCAGCAUUAUUUACCUUUUGACUUUUGAUAACUCAUAUUCCUGCUGCAGCUGAUGAACAAGGCAAUCUAUAAUUGUUUUAGCCAAAUAACAGGCCUGAUUCUGAAUCUGGUCCACCAUCUUUAAUUUGUCAACAACAACAAAAGCAUGUGAACACAACACACUGGUAAAUACCACUUCCCAACUGGAAAAUAUCAUCUUCCCAUAGCACAUGAACGCAGCAUUAUUCCCUAGAUAGUGAGUAGGAAGCAGUGAAUGAGUGAGUGAUUUUAGACACAGCCAUUUGUAUAGUUUUCAUUUGAACGUCUCUUGCGUAAACGCAGGUUCCAACAGGUCGCGACAAAAAGACGUAAAGUUACGCUCUUCUCACUUUGAGGCGAUGUUUAGAAAGACACGUGUCUAAGAAUUUCUAUUCGUUAAUCGUUCAAUGUUUUGCAUUCACUGUGAAGCCAAAGGUGAACUUCCGAUUCACUCUUAUUCAAAAAUACAUUUCAGGAGACUUUUGUUGCAGAUUACUUGAUCUCACGACGUAUUUAUUUCUCCCGUAUUUCAUCCAUUUUGCCCUGUAUUGUGUGCUAAAGACGUGAGAAGAAAAAAAAAAAAAGACAUUGUGUUCCAGUAUUUUGAAAACUGGUCUCCUGAUGUGUGCAGGAUCGUCAUUCCUGGAAGCUGUACAGAACCGUUCGAGCUGUGCUGUAGUGUGUCGAGUGUUUAACUCUGUUCAGUGCUCUCGCUUUAGCAUAACGCUGGUCUGUGAAGAAAAACUCGUUUUUAAUACAAAUGUCCUCUAUUUUAAGCAGAAAUAACGACUGGAGGAAAGAAAUCUGAAAAGAAAGAAGGAAAAUCACUCGAUAUAUAUAUAUACACACACAUAAGGAUAGCCCCUGUGCAUCUUUGUGUUUUUAUUUUUCAUGUGAUAUGACCAAAGGGAAAAACGAAGCAUAUUUUUCAAUGUAUGAACUAAAUGUGAGUUAAGUGCAUCUUUGCUACAGUUGUUGUAAAUAAGAAUCACAUGUUCAAACCCGCUGAUUAAUCCGACUUACUAUUAAGACACCAGCAAACAAAGAGGGAUGUUUAACGUGUUCAGUGGUUUGGGUUCGGGUUUAGUUUUUACUCGGGAGCAAACACUUUCAAGCAUCAUUUAAUUAAGUGCAUAUUCAUGGCUAUGGUUCGUCAGUGGAGUUCUCCAUGCUGUUAAAACCUUGUUUGAUUACCAGUUCAGAGUGACUUGGAAAGGACUGGCUCGCCUUUUAAGCUUGUUUCUGAUGAUUAUGUUUCCAUUAUUCUUGUGAUGAGCUGUUCAGGUGUUUUUAAUAUGAACAGGAAAGAAGAAGAAGAAUAAAAAAGGAAAAAAAAAAGUGUGUUGAAUUGUGUUUUCUUUGUGUUAGAAAACAAGAGCGCUCGGAGAGCACAAUAUCCCCCGCUGGCAACUGUGCCAUAACUCUGGUAAAAUGCGACCGAAUUGAACAAAAUUACAAUAUGCGUAUUACCGACAUAUAACAAAGAAUCC